AUGAGUGGUGGUCCACCCCAAGACGACAUUCCGCCGCCGGCUGCGUUUCUUCACCGUUCCAACGCAUCCGUCAUCAGUGGUGAGACGGCCACUGCGGAAGCCAGCUUGCACACCGCUGCCACACAGUCCGGUGAGCAAGCUGAACCAGAGGCAAGUAUUGAGGCGGCCUUUGCCGAGGCCACCGGUAUUGAGCCCGUCCGGAUCACCCACCUCGAGACCGAUGCCGAGACCGCGGCUCCCGACAUCCCCCGAACCGAGUUCAGCCUUGAUAUCGCUGACGCCAACACUGUCGCCGACACUCCGCUUCCCAAAUCAGAUUGCGAAACCCAGGAGCAACUUAUUCAACGUCCGGUCGAAGAAAUCACGCCGAUUAGUCAACAGCCUGAUGUUGCGCCAACUCCUGAGCCAAGAAACCUCACUCAGAACAACUCGCAAUACAACAACAGCAACACAUACAAUGUCACCUAUACGAGUAAUAACUACUUUGAUGGCGUGUCUUCAGGUUCCCACGACAGUGGAGGAGGCGGUGGAGGAGGUGGAGGAGGCAGAUGGCGUGCCCUUGGAUUCUCCCCCUUUUGCGCAUGCCCCCUGGCCUUGAUCCUCAUUUGUCUCUUCUUCGUCAUUGCAGCCAUCUACGGACUUGCAACCUUCUGGAGCAACACCGUCUCCAGUAUUCAAAGCCUUACUUCUGCGGUCACCUCCUUCUUCACCCUUAGCUUUCUCGCCUCCAGACCGACAACCCAAGCCGGCACCUCUCCCACCAUCACAAUCAUCAAGCCAACCAUGACUGAUGAGCCUACACCCAUCAUCGACUCUCCAGAGGGGAUCAUCAAGGCAUUUGAUGAUCUCGAUCACUGGGUGAAGCAGCUACAAGAUUGUCGGGAGGCGGGCGAGAAGACGGCCGAACACCAGCUCUUCUUUCAGGGCUUCGACGUCAGCGUCAACGCUAUCGGUGGCAUGCGGGAUGGCUGGGCCAUUGUCAUGGAGGACAUCUUGACCCUCGAGAAGAAGCUUCGGAACGCAUUUGGUCCUCUUGAUAGAGACGUAACCAAGCUCGGCCAAGACCUCGGUGCCAACCCUGCCGCCAAACGCUGGAUACAAAAAACCAGAGCAUCUACCUGGGACAAGUUCCUGGACUCAAUGCCAUGGUCCUCCCAUUAUUCGCCCAUCCAGGUUCUACUCACGAACCACGAGCGCAUCAGGAUGCUCUCAGUGAAUAUACAGAAAGCCCAAGGGUUCUUUGCCCGCCUGUCCCUCACAGGCAUCCGGGGUCGUAUCGAUGACCUCAGCAGGGGUUCUUGUACCCUACGUAACUCGAUCGAGGUGAGCGGAGGAAAGCUUUCUCGUACGGCUGACAAGAAUCUGAGAGAGGGUAUCAACGCAGUCGUGUCGCGUGGAAACUUGCUCUGCGAUUUGUUGCUUCAGGCCUAUCAGAGAGUCUGGAGGAUUGAACAACUUUUGGACAAGGCGAUGGACGAUAAGCAAACGGUCCACGAUCUUGGCCAGACCAUGCUGAACCUGGCGAAGCUCAAGACUGUGAGUCUUGCCGAUAUCAAGAUGAUGGAGCUGGAGUUGCAGCUGUGGGUUGGCAAGAUGACUGGACCAAUCAAGAAGUUGCAUUUUGUUGAUCUCGACAAGUGA